AUGUUUUCGUGCAAGAACAAAGACUAUUCCUUGCCUAAUCAGUUUAUAACCAUUUCCGAAGAUUUCGUACUCAGUCACUAUCAAUUUAAUAACGAAGACUGUAACCGGGUUCUUGGUUCCUCCAAUGGAUUGAUAUGCAUGCUCAGUGAAUAUAUAUACCAAUACGGUAAUGUUCAAAACUUUCAUCUCCGUUUUUGGAACCCAGCAACGAGGUCAGUGUCGAAAAUAGUCGGCUGUGUUAGCAAUGCGUUUAUGGACCAGCAUGACUAUUUCAGAUUUUCAUUUGGCUACGAUAAUACAACCGGAAAAUAUAAGGUGGUGGCAUUCAGUUCCGUCGAGGUGAGAGUUUUCACUCUUGGUGAUAAAUUUUGGAGAAUUAUUCAAAGAUUCCCUCUGCUUCCUUUUCGAUGUACUCGUACGAAUACAAAUGAAUGGGAUCGAAAUGGUGGUGUCUAUUUGUGUAAUAGUCUUAAUUGGUUUGCCAUUCGCAGCAAUAACGUUGGUUAUAAUGAAUGGAAGGAUCUUAAUCUUAGUAUUGAGCAAUUUGUGAUUACCUCUCUUGAUUUGGGGACAGACUCGUACACACAGUUGCUGCCUCCUCGGGGAUUCGAUGAAGUACCGCCUGUUAUGCCAAUUGUUUCUGUGUUGAUGGAUUGUCUUUGUUUUUGUCAUUAUUCCAACGGAAAUGAUUUUGUUAUAUGGAAAAUGACAGAAUUUAGAGUUGAAGAGUCUUGGACUAAGUUCCUUAAAUUUAAUUUUGUAGAUCGUCAUUUGAUCCCAUUAUUUGAGAAUGGCUAUACAAUGCUAUUCUUAAGUGAUCAAGGACACGUAGUUCGCUAUAACAGGAAAGAUGAUAAAGUAGAGCGUAGAAAAAUCAGUGAUGACAUUCAAAGGCUUAUUGCAAUGGAUUAUAUCGUAAGUUUGGCUUCAACUUGUAGAAAGUUUACAACCCAGCUUCAAGCACUAGCGUUAUUGAUAAUGAUGGUGCAUGGUGGAAUGAUUGGAAGAAAGGAAGAUUGGGUCACUGGAGCUGCAAUAUCUUUCAAUUAUAGCACAAACAAUUAUGUUCUUCUUGAUGUGUUUCUUUUAGGUUUUUUCUUGUCUUUUUAA